AUGACUACAAUCAACUGAUAACACUUGUAAGACACCAGAAUGGUGCAAAGGUGUCGUCCUGUUUUAAUGGAAAGAAAUUCAGCAACCAUUGAAGCCCAAUGUGGAAUAGUUUGGGGGCCCUUGAUUUAUUAGGAAGAGAUGCUCUUUAGUGGGAGAAAAAAAAUGUCAAGUUUAGACCGAUCUUUGUGGAAGCCAACCAGAAUCUUGGCUGCGAUGAUUCCAUCCAUUAGGAUGGCAGACCAAACUAAUCACCGCUUUCUGAUUUGCUUGGCACCUUGCUCCUUGGCUCCUCCAUUAGUGUGACAAAGCUGGUGCUGAAUGUCCAUACAAUGCAAUGCUGUAAUCCGUUUUAGACAAAAUAGCUGCCAAAAAUUAUAAGUUAUAGUAUAUAGUCGCCAAAAGAGUCUCGCCAGCAAAACAUGACCAAAAAAUAUUCUGAAAUGCCUUAAACAGGCCACAGCUGUGGUUUGACACAUAUUUACUUCACCAAAGCACUUUUUCAAAAUAUUUUAUUUUCCAAAACAACGUUAAUUUUACCAUUUGAUUUAAGAUCAAUAUUGAUUUGGCUAAAUUCUAGGAUCCAACAAGGAUGAAUGACCUGCUAAGAGGGCGCUGAAAGGUUUCUCUCCACCCCCGUUGGCGGAAAUCAGCGGGACAAGGCCGCAGACUUCUUUUCCAGAGGAUGGGAAACCUGGAGGCUGGAAUCGUGUCUCAUUUGGAAGGAGGAGGAGGCAGCGGAGCAGCAGGGAGAGCCAAGGGAUCGGAACACUGGAGCUCAAGGAUAAGCCAUGGACACUGCGUACAUCCCAACACACCUGGAGGUCCACCAUGCUCCCUGCUAACAUCCUGCUCCUCAUGGUCCUGCUGCUACCCCAAGCCUCGUCCAGUGGUCAGGGUAACACCGGCGAGGUUGACAAUGGUGGGCUAACCGGCGUGCAGCCCGCCAACUCAGAACCCUCCCGGACCGAGUCCCUGGCUCAGACAAUCCAGAGUCUGCUACUCAGUCGCCUGGGUCUGCAGUCGCAACCCAACCCUCAGCCUGGCGUGGCGGUUCCUCAGUACCUCAUGGAUCUUUAUCGCUUCCACCAGCAGCAGUACCACCUGCUAGAGGACCCCUCCUUCAGAUUCCCCAGCCAGCACGUGCAGCAGGCCAACACCAUACGCAGCUUUCACCACAGUGAGCCUCUUACGGCGGAGGACCACAAAUGGGCACACAUCUCCUUCAACAUAUCCUCCAUCCCCUUGGAUGAGAAGGUGCUCUCGGCUGAGCUCCGCCUCCUGCGCACUGCCAGGACCACUUCCCUCAGUGCUGGACCCCACAGAUUGAACCUGUACCUCUCUGGGCGCGGAGAAGACACCCGUCCUACACUGCUAGGAACGAGACUCCUUGUCGCUGAGCCCCAAAAUCAUCCAUCUGGUGGCCUUUGGGAAGCAUUCAGCCUGAACGCAGAACUCUUUGAUUUGGCACUGAACGGAGAUGACCACCUGGGCUUCCUCUUGGAGGUGGUGCCGGAGAACAGUACCGGUCAAGGGGAGGGGGAGGGACACAAGGGAGGCCAUUUGAGGGUGUGCAGGUCUGUUGGGCAGGAUGAGAAAAUCUGGGCCCAGGAAAGGCCCCUCCUGGUCACAUAUAGUCACGACGGACGUGGAGAGCCGUUAGUAAAACACAGCAGGAGGAACCUGAGCAGCAUGCCCAGGAAUAGAGACCAAAAGCGGCGCCGAGUUAAAACGUAUAAAACGCCGAGUUUGGGGGAGCAAACGGGCAGGGUGAAACGAAAUGGUGGUCGCGCUGCCAAGCUCAAGCGCCUUUCUCGCAACCGCUGCCGCCGCCAUCCCCUCUACGUGGAUUUUAAUGACGUGGGUUGGCACAAGUGGAUCAUCGCGCCCAGCGGGUACGACGCCUUCUUCUGCCUGGGCGAGUGCCGUUUCCCCCUGGCUGACCACAUGAAUUCCUCCAGCCACGCCAUGGUGCAGACGCUGGUCAACUCGGUCAACGGGGCCGUGCCGCGGGCUUGCUGUGUGCCCACUUCACUCAGCCCCAUCGCCCUGCUCUACCUGGAUCCCCAGGACCGUGUAGUGCUGAAGAACUACCAGGACAUGGUGGUGGAGGGCUGCGGCUGCCGGUAGCGCACUGGAGAAAUGAAGACGAUCAACCACGGCGGGGUAGUGACUAGCGUAAACUUCAACAACAGGAAAUAUCACGUCACAUUUCCACUACGCGGUACCAGAAGCUUUGAGAAAACAUGCAGAAUAGAAAGGAUUAGACAGAACAAGACUCAUCUGAGGCUCUUGCAGCCAAAUUGAGAUUAUGCAGUGUAAGAGCUAAUGUAGGGUACACACAUAUUCUUAAUCAACUAAAGUAUGAGCAUAAUUUCCCGCUCCGAUCAAAGUUAGCCAAGAAUUUAGCGAUUAGUUUGUGUUGUGCGGUCUGUUAGAAUAGCAUGACCAUGUUCUGAUUUCCAAAAAAGAGGACACUCGUUCCGGCCUCGAGAUACCUGAAUUUAACUCAAAGUUCACUCAAAGACGCCUAUAUCAAUUUAAUAUACUUUAAAGUGUGCCUCCUCCGUCGGGGUAUGUGCCAACAUUUUUAUAAAUUUCUAUCACGACAAUUGUCGUUUACAAAUUGUUAUUCCUGCUCAAUUGUUAUUCUCAUUCAAUGUUCUAAAUUGCAUGCAAACAAUGAUCGAAAUAAACAGACGAACGAUUCAACCAGUAUGUUUCCAAACGCAUCGGUUCAAAACUUCAUUCUCAUAAUGCCUAGCGCGGCUUAGCUCACUGACAGCUACCAACAAACAUAUCAAUAAAGGUUUACAAUAAUCGGCAGCACAACGAUGCGACACCAAACGGGAUUUUACAGAUCACACCAGUACAAAGCUCCAAAAGAAAUCAACAGUUGCCAAAAACUAAGUUUAGCAAGUGUACAUACCGAUAGCCUGUGAGCUCCUGUCGUGACGAGGGUUUGUUUGUUGAAUGAGAAUUGACAGUUGACGCCAUGAUAAAGCCAGUCUGUGACUGCGCGCGCAUGCGCAAAUUUGUAUCCAAAGUAGAAUAAAGGUAUUUUCGACUUAAUUACUCUUUUGGGUACAUGAGUAUUUGAUAAUAUACGUAUUGAUCGGAAUAAAAGUCUUAACUCUCUGGGAACACGUCAUAGACAGCACAGUAACGUAGUAUUCUGUGGAAAGCUUCAGUCAAUUUCAACACAUGCUAAUUGGUCCCAUGAAAAAUAAUGAAAAACGGACAUUUUCAUAUCCCGUACAGGAUAUGAAAAGUGGACAUGUCCUGGCAAAAGAGGACGUUCGGUCACCCUAUGUUAGAAUAGCUUAAUCUUACUGGAUAUGUACACACUGUUCCAAAAAAUAGGUCGUAUUUGUACAUUUUAGGCCCCAUCAUUACAGUACGCAAAGAUCACAUCGCUGCGAGAUUAUCCUACAGGUUAUCCGAUGGUGCACCACAGAACACAUGCAAACAAUCGGGCCAGAUUUGAGCAUUUUACCCGCUUGCAAUCACACCGAGUAAAAAUCAUAUCAGAAAUCUUUGCAGAUUAUCCUGAAUGAUUAUUUUAUGUUGUGUGAUAUGUCCAGAUUGAUCUGUCCUCACUGAUCUGACAGAUCAUCGUAAAUGUCAAAUU